AUGAAGAGACCAAAAAAGACGAUCACGAAGCCGACGAAAGCAAAGAAGUCCCCGAAGAAACCCAUAGCGAGGAAAUCCACAGCGAAGCAGUCCAUACAGAAGCUCCCAGAUACGGUGCCAACAAAGGCCGUGAAGAAGCCUUUAAAAGGCACAUCGAGGUCAAAUGUUAGCAACAUUUGCGAACCUGUUGAAUCUUCACCUGAGAUCUACUGCGAAGUCGACCGUCGCGAACAUGGGACGUAUAAGAGAUGCGGCAGAGGAGCUCUGUUUUUGGCACACAAGGCAUCGCCACAACCCAACGCACCAGAGUCGAUAGCAGCCGCGAUGGACCACGCCUCAUCAAAGAUGACCUCGUCGAAUAAGACCACCAAGGGUAACUCCAAGGCCCAAGAAACAGAUCUGAACUAUGAUGCUGUUAUCAGGAACGGAGCGAGGAUGGUGCUUUGGGGACUCGAUGAUCUCUUCGAGAGAAUCAACAGUGAGCCCAUGGCUUCUGAAACUUCGYUAAAGGGUGUUGGUGAACACGUUGGUGGAGCCAUACAUGCGCUUCAUGGUUUCUUGGAGUCGAGUCGCGAGUACAGCAACCCAAAUCCCAAGAUCAAUUACCGCAAGAAGUUUGAGGAAGGCGACGGUAUCGGAAAUUGGAUAAGCUUCAAGCCUUCAUGGUUUGAACGAGGGAGAUUUAACCUGGGCGAUAUCAUGACAUUCCAGUCAGCUCUAAUGGGACUCAAGGCCGAGGGAGAGGUUGUGACCCUUCAUCGCUAG